GUUUAAAGAUGGCGAUACCCGGUGUUCUACUCGUGCGACUUAGACCGCUGUGCAAUCUUGCCACAUGUGUGCACAUUAGAGGAAAAACAGCGUCCAACUGGAGGACAGAAAUGCGAUGGCAUAGGACUACAGCUCGAAGUUUGGGGGAACACGGUACGCCAUAUUUCCAUAAAAAACAAGGCAACGUUGACCCAAACCUCCUGAAGGAGUUCCCAGAUCCAAAAAGCCUCUUGAACAACACAAUUUCCCGGUCACUGGGAGUGGGCGACCUGUCAGAGCUCAUCCAGUACAGCUGCACAGAACAUGCGGGAGUCAAGAAAGCCACUGUCACACUGCUGUGGCCCUGCAAGAUUGAAGAGGAAGGUUAUGCUUCUAAGAAGAUUGAUGCAGAGCGAUUUGCUGCUGCAGCUGCUUGUCUCAAGCUUCGAAAAAUGGGCGUUAUUGGUCCAAAUAAUCAGCUUCCUAAAAGAAGAGCUGGCCUGGGGAGAGGGGAGCUACAAUCCCCAAUUUAUGAUAAGGAAGAAGAACGUUGGACCAAUAAUGACUAUGUAUCCAGAACUAGAGCAGAUGAAAAGUCUCCUCCUACAGAGGACUCCCUCAAAGUCUUUGAAGCUUUGUCCAUCUUUCCUCAGCCUAAGUCUCUCCUGACUAGGAUCAUUCAGGUGGCUACAUCAUCCAACAGAAUGAAGGAGUUAAUACAGUUCAGAACAACCGGGGGGAAGCUAAAGAAGUGUGAACUGACUCUGCUUUGGCCUGAAGAGAUGACAUUCACUGCCACAGCAAGCACCCGAGUGACAGCAGAGAAAAAGGUUGCAGCACUCGCUUGUAUGAAGCUAAAGGAGCUGGAGCUGCUGGAUAAAGACAACAAUCCUCUGACUCAUGCCAAAUACCAUCAAGAGAAGGUGAAGGAGGCUAGCGAAAGGGAGCGACGUCCACUUACACUGGAUAUCCCAGAAUACCUGAAGCAAAACAUGCGGGAGUAUCUUUCACAGUACCCAGUAGCAACAGAAGUACAGAGACUAUGGGAGGAGGAAGAGGCAAGAGGACAGCAAACAGUAAACCAGGAGGAAGAGGAUGAGGAAGAUUUUGUAUCUGAUGCUAUCACCGGCAGGCCGUACAGACCUUUGUCUGAACAUCAGGCUCAGCAGCUCAGCCUGUAUCUACAGAGGAAAUGGGAAAGGACCAACCCUGGACUGGGUGUGGAGCUGCCGGUUGAUGGCCACCGUCAGCAUGUAGUCUCUGCUGUGCAGUCCUCUAGAGUGGUCGUGAUUGCCGGUGAGACGGGAUGUGGUAAAACAACACGGAUCCCCCGCUUCCUGCUUGAAGAACAUGUGAAGUGUGGAGAAGGAGCAGAGUGCAACAUCCUGGUGACGCAGCCUCGGCGGAUCAGUGCUGUGUCAGUGGCGCACCGUGUUGCACAUGAGAUGGGUCCAGCACUGAAACACUGCGUGGGCUAUCAGGUGAGACUUGAGAGCCGGCCCCCAGAGCAGAGUGGAGGAGCCAUGCUCUUCCUGACAGUGGGCGUCUUGCUGAAGAAGCUGCAGUCGAACCCGACUCUGAAGGGAAUAAGUCAUGUCGUGGUGGACGAGGUCCAUGAAAGAGACAUAAACACAGAUCUGCUGCUGGCCUUACUGCGCUCAAGCUUACAAGAGAACCCUGACCUUCGAGUUGUGCUUAUGAGUGCUACUGGAAAUAAUCAGAGGCUGGCUGAGUACUUUGGAGGCUGCCCUAUCGUAAAGGUACCAGGUUUCAUGCACCCAGUACAAGACAAAUUCCUGGAGGAUGUGCUGAGAGAGAUGGGAUGUCCACCAGCUCUAGUCCAAAAGCGAGUGGUGACGGGCAUGAAGGAAGGAUUAGACGAGGCCUCGCCAGAUCUGGAUUUGGUUGCAGAUGUUCUAGAGCACAUUGACAAAAAUGGAGAUCCAGGUGCAGUGCUAUGUUUCCUUCCUGGGUGGCAGGACAUCAAAGCAGUUCAAGAGAAACUUGAGGAAAAACCACACUUUUCUUCAGGCUCACACAUGAUCCUGCCAUUGCACUCUAGCUUGUCAGUAGCAGACCAGCAGGCUGUGUUCCAGCGCCCCAAAGCAGGCCAGAGAAAGAUUGUACUCACCACCAACAUUGCUGAGACCUCCAUUACAAUAGAUGACAUUGUUCAUGUGGUGGAUGCAGGAACACACAAAGAACAGAAUUAUGACCCACGGACAAAGGUCUCCUGUCUGGACACAGUUUGGAUAUCUCGCUCUAAUGUCACACAAAGAAAAGGUAGAGCAGGGCGUUGUCAGCCAGGACAGUCUUACCACCUGUUUCCAAGGAAGCUGCUGGCAUCUAUGACUCCUUUCCCCGUUCCUGAGAUCCUUCGCACCCCACUUGAGAGUUUAGUAGUUCAGGCUAAAACCCAUAGUCCUAACUGCAAGGCUGUAGAGUUUCUGUCCCAAGUGUUGGACAGUCCAGAGCAAGAUGCAGUAAGAGAUGCUGUCCGAAACCUACAAGAUAUCGGAGUUCUGGACAAAACUGAAACCCUGACUUCUUUAGGAGAGCGUGUUGCCUGUAUGUCAUGUGACCCUCGGCUUGGAAAAGUCCUGGUCCUGAGUAGCCUCUUCAGAUGUGUUCUGCCCAUGUUGUCCAUAGCUGCUUGUCUUAGCAGGGACCCUUUUUACAACAGCCUGCAGAACAGAGCACUCGUCAACAAGGCCAAAGAAGCUCUGAGUGGCUCAAGCUACAGUGACUAUCUGGUGUUCAGUAGAGCUGUACUCGGCUGGAGAAGACUUCAGCAGGAGGGCAACAGAGAGGACAGAGACGAGUAUUUGGACAAACACACUCUGUCUAAAGCCAGUCUCCGAUUCAUCAAUGGUCUCAUCUCUCAGUUCAGUGAGAACCUGCAGGAAGCUGGACUGGUUUCUCGUGCUAGUGAAUGCCAGCGACACUCUUCUGUAUACAAUGAGCACAGCAGCCAAGAUGAGCUUCUGAAAGCUGUGCUGCUGGCUGGAAUGUAUCCAAACCUCAUUCAGGUGAAGAAAGGUGUUGUGACCAAAGGGGGGCGCUUUCGUCCUAAUAAUUUAUCUUUCCGCACUCUCAGUGGACCGGUUCUGCUUCAUCGCUCCUCAGUGAACAGGGGAAAAGAUGAUCUCCCCAGCCGCUGGCUGACAUUUUUCGGUGCAGUGAAGUCUAACGGGAAUGUCUUCAUCAGAGACUCUUCAGUGGUCCAUCCACUUGCACUCCUGCUGCUCACAGACUGUGAUAUCACAGAGAGAGUGUACGAUGACAUGGUGGAGGUCUCGUUUCCUGGACGCUCUCUGGUGCACUGUGAGCUGUCAGUUGAGACAUGGGAGCUGCUGUGGGAAAUUCGUACUUCCAUUCAGACCAUGCUGCACCGAAAUCUCCACAAUAACAACAGCGCAAACGCUUCUCAAGACGGAAAACUCACCUCCUUAAUCGUGGAGCUGCUCAGCAAUUCAAACCCUUUUCUUCACAAUGAAAGCAGAGAAAGUGAGGUGGACUGAAAAUUUGUCUUGUCUACAUCUGCUUGUCGGACCAGCUUGAUGGUGCAGAAGAACCAAACAGCAUUUGUUUUUUGUAAACACUUAUGCAGAUUGCUCAUGGGAAAUGUAGUCUGUUAAUUAAACAGUUCCUGAUGAACUGUUUAACUAACAGGAAUCUCCAGUGGACUGUUGGCUGUUUAUUUACUUUCUUUUUAUAAAUGUCAAACUCCUCAUGGUGUGAGGAAAUUCAUCAUUUGGAUUUUGGAAUUUCUUUUCCAUUUUACUGAAUGGUUAAUUGCUUUCUGGAAAGCAGAAGUUGGACUUUACUCUAAAGUGUAAAGGUAGUUGAACGAGUCUGUAAAUAAUGUCAUAUUUAUUGUAAUAAACACUUUCAUGCUGA